UGAGCGAGAAAGCGGGUGGGAGAGAAACCUCACGGGUCACCCCUACCCUUGGCCCCUGGACCCCCCCCCGAGCACAGCCAGAGGGGCUGCCGGCUGCAGGAUGAGUUGUGGCAAACCCCGCGCGCCGCCCCACGUGCACUGGCACUUCUGAAAACGCCGCUUGCUGAGCCCUCACCGAGACCUCGCUGCUCAUUUGCCUGAAGUUCAGCUUUUCCCCAGAUGCAAAUGCUGUCAGCUCCGGUUCCACCAAGAGUGCCACCGCUGAGAUGGAGGCCCUGCUCCCUGGUCUCUCCCUGCUCCUGGUCCUCCUGGCAUCGGGAUGGGGAAGUGGGGCACUCGCAGCCUGGGCAACAUUUCCCAGCGGCUGUGAGCUCGUGCAGAACACCGUGGACUGCACUAGGAGAUGGCUGAGCUCUGUCCCAGGAAAUCUUCGAGGUGAUACCGAGGAGCUGUUGCUUGACGACAACACUAUCCAGGUUCUGGGCAAUGUCUCUCUGCUCACGUACCACCAGCUGCGGCGACUCAGCUUGACCAAGAACCGUCUGGAGCUCAUUGAGCCUGGUGCCUUCCUCAGUAGCCAAGGCCUCCACGUGCUCUCCUUGGCUGACAACCUCCUCUUCACCAACUACUCACUGACAGCAGCUGCUCUUUCUGCUCUGCCAUCCUUGAGGACGCUGGAUCUAGCCGGAAACCGCCUCACUGAGGACAUGGUAUCAGUUUUGGUCUGGAACUUGUCUUCCUUGGAGUCCUUGUCCGUGGCCCGGAACAUCAUCAUGAGGCUGGACUCAUCCGUCUUCACGAACCUGACACAGCUGUUGGAGCUGAACCUGGAGAAGAACUACAUUUUUGAGAUUGACCAAGCUUUUGAAGGGCUGCAAAGGCUGCAGAGGCUCAAUGUAGCUUACAACUACCUCCCGUGCGUAGUGGAGUUUGGCCUGACCCAGCUCAAGCUGCUCAAUGUGAGCAACAAUGUCAUCGAGUGGUUUCUGGCCCUGGAAAGUGAUGACCUCUUUGAGCUGGAGGUGUUGGACCUGUCCCACAACCGCCUCCUCUUCUUCCCUGUGUUGCCUCGGCAGAGCAAGCUGCACACCUUGCUGCUGAAGGACAACGAGAUGAGCUUCUACCAGCGUCUCCCCAAUGGCACAUCCCUGGCAAACGUCACGGUGCAGUUCCUGCUAAUUGAUGGCAACUCCACCAACGUCACAACAGUCAGCCUCUGGGAUGAGAUCUGCCACAGCAACCUCUCCUCCUUGCGGCUCCUGGACAUGAGCCAGAACCAGGUCUGGUACCUGCCGGAGGGCUUCCUGGCCCAGAUGCCCUCCCUGACCCACCUGAAGCUCAACCAGAACUGCCUGGAGACGUUUCACCUGUCAGAGGGGGACCCCUUAGCUAUGCUGACAGAGCUGGACCUCAGCCAGAACCAGCUGGAGGAGCUGGGGGCAGAGGCAGGUGCUGGGGACGUCUUGCCCAACCUGCAGCUCUUCAACCUCAGCACCAACAGGCUGCAGGUGCUUCCUCCUGAGGUUUUCACCUACACCAGGAAGAUUGCUACUGUGGACCUCAGCCGCAACCGGGUCGACCUCUGUCCCCAGCCAGCUAUCGCAAGCAAGGUGGAGAGUCCCCCCUGUGUGGACAUCAGGGGUGUCAAGACCUUGACUCAUCUCUCCUUGGCUGGCUGUGGUCUGCAGGGACUGGGUGGCCACCCCUUCCAGGGGACCUCACUGGUGUAUUUGGACCUCUCUGACAACCAUCAGGCAUUGUCUGGGAACCUGGAGUGGCUGCAGGACCUUGCUCUGACACUGCGGGUGUUGUCUCUGAGGAACACCAGCCUCUCCUCCACCGCUGUGGACUUCUCAGCCUUUAACAGCCUCGUGCGCUUGGACCUGUCGGGGAACUCCUUGACCGUCUUCCCCACCUCGAUGGGUGUCCUGGAACUGCGCAGCCUGGACCUGCGGGACAACUGCCUCCCGGCUCUCCCAAUGGAUGUCGCGCGGACCCCUCUGGGGAAGAGCCUGCGGGAGGUCUACCUCAGCCAAAACCCCUACAACUGCUGCACGCUGGGCUGGUGGGAUGCCCUGCAGUGGGUCGAGGGGUUGCACGUCCCUGACGGGCAGGAGGUGACCUGCGUCUACGCCUCCCGAACGCUGAGCCCCAGGGCACUGCCCGAGCCCAUCCUGCGGAGCUGCCGCUGGCAGAUGGCCGACCUGGCGCUCCUCUACCUGGUGCUGGCUCUGCCCACCUGCCUGACACUUCUGGUGGCCUUCGCUGUUGUCUUCCUCAUGCUCAAGGAAAAGCUGCUGAAAAUGGUGAAAAGUCAGUGCGGGGUGUCCAGCUCUUACUGAUGGCUGAUGAGGAAGAGGAGGAGGAGGAAGGGCUCAGGAAUGGCGAAUGCGAGCAGGUUGUCAGGGUUACGGGCAAUGACCCCUCCGGGGUGGGUAAGAUGUAGACUUGAUGGAUGGAGGACCGGUGGGUGCUGGGAGAGCUGGUGUUCCUGCUACAGAUGCCCUAAGGGUACCCAAAGGGUGCGGGGCCGUGGCUGGUGGUGGAGCCUGGGGCCAUGCUGAGUGUGUCCUCAAGGGGCAUGUCUUCAGCAGAAACCUUCAGUAGGUGUUGGUGAGAGCCAAGUGGACGUCACACCGAAUGCCUCUUGGCCAAAGGGGCAUGGACAGUUGCCCCCCAGAGCUGCUUUUUGCCCCCCCUUCAGGCAGUUCCUUUUAUUUAUUCAUCCCUGUAGCCCACUCUGCUACAACAAAACAUCCUCCAGCUCUGCAGCCAGCCUCUGGGCAUUGCCCCAGGACGGAGCAUCACUUGGGUGCUGCAGAGAAGGGUCUCCAUCGCCGUGGUGUCCCACGCUGCAAACUCGCUGGCAGCCUUGGGCGUGCACGCGUGUGCCUGUGCUGAUAAGGCAGGCGUCAGCGGGGCUGAAAGACACGUGUUGAGCUGUCAUUGCUUGGUUAAGUUAUGAUCCUGGUUAGAAGAGCCCGUUAAAAAUAGCCCAAGCUGCAACGAUGUAAAAUACAGACUGAAAGGCAUGAGAAUAAAUUAUAUCAGUGGUAAUACUUUAUCAUCAAUUUCUUUUCCUCCAGCAGCUGCUGGAUAAAACAGAUGCAGAGGAGAUAAAA